AUGUACAGUGUGGAGGACCUGCUCAUCUCACACGGAUACAAGCUGCCCAGGAGUGGCCCGUCGUCGGCCACUCCUUAUGACAAGCGGCCCGCCGACUGCCAACGUGAGCUCCUGCUGGACAACCGGGCGGGCCGGGCAGCGGCAGCGCUCAACGGCUAUGAGACGGAGCGCGGCGGGGCCUCGGCGGGCAGCAGCGGCUUGUACGGAAGCAGGCCGGCGCCCCUCAAGGGUUACAUGGACAAUGAGGCUGAAAGGAGGAGGAAGGAGGCCUUCAUCGGUAUCCUAGGUGACACUCAACCCUUGAGUGAUUCUUUGGCUACAGACAGCGGUUUCUAUGAUGUCCCGAGUUUGACUUACUCUGAGCUGCUAAGCCACGACGAGAGAGAUAUUUCAUACUGGCGGAGGCGAGGCCAAGACUUCAGUAUUCUCCUGGACUAUGCCGAUGGUAGGGAGCUAAGAGCCUCUGCGGGGGCAUGGAGACCACAGGCCCUCAUAGCGGCCGAGGAACUCAGGGCAGAGAGGCAAGCGCAGCAGCUGUGGGAGGAGAUUUCCUGGCUGAGGGACCAAGAUGCACCUGGUCAGUUGAGGGUGACUGGGGAGCGGAAGUGUCAAAGCCUCGGUACCGAGGAGUGGAGGCCCGCAGUGGGCCUGGGCAGGCAGCUGUCGGACGGGGAUGGGGAAAGGUGGGCUUUGGAGCAGUAUCGCCUGAGGGCACCUGAAGGUUUUUUUCACCCAAGAACAAAAGCCAAGUCUCAGUCUCUCCCAAGAGUUUUGUCACCUGAUGGAACAAACAGCAGAGAGCUAAUUCCAUCCAGACCAAGCCUACCAGACAGACCGCCAAGGCUAAGCAGCACUCUUUUCUCUGGGCCCUAUAGUCGGUAUAUCUAUAGCGGAGCUAUUGGCAGGGACCGGUGGGGCAGGAAUUCCGGGCCAAGCAGCCACGUUGCACUUUUACCAAAGCCGAGGUUCAGCAGGCCUUCAAAGCCGCCAUCAUAUGAGAUUCACCAGCAGAUUAGGGGUAGUGCAGAAAUGCUUGCUAUAGACCAGGGUCUCAAGAUAAAAGACAGGCCUAUCUUUUAUUCAAGGGACGGGGAGCUGCGUCAUGACUAUUUUGCACAACACUCACUCCCUGGAAUGGAACCCCCGGGCUACAUUCCUCCUCCGUCUUAUAAAAGAGCCCCACCCCCAAGAGCCGUGUCAAUCAAUCGUAACGAAAUGCUAAACCUGCGGUGGAGGUCAGAAUCCCUGCAGCCCAGCUCAGACCCCGGGAGGUGGCUAACGAGGCACACGGGUGAUUCGUGGCUGGAACACUAUGGAGAUCGUGUGGCAUCCUAUCGAAAACAGACACCCUCUGGACACAAAGAGCAACAGAGUCAAGCUCGUCAAGUACCAGCUGAAGAUGCAAGAAUGAAUCAAAUCUCAGGAGGGCCCAGCAGAAAUUCUCUCACCGACUCAGACAAGAUCCGAAACAUCAACAAAGAGAAUCCAUCCGUUAAGAAUUUAGGACAAUCUCCAAGUGAUAGUGCCUUUCCUCCCCAACAGGGACAAUCCCUCAACACUGGUCGCAAGGCGACUCUUACUGAAAAUGACAGCAGUACUCGAUGGAGUAACAGGGGAUUGAACAAAAAAAGUGACAGUGUAGGUCCUGAACAAAAUCGUAGUCAAUUUUUCCCUUCAUCUAUUCUGGGUAAACCACCACCGCCCCCAUGCAAGCCGCCUGACCAGGUUGUCACUGAAACUGUGGCAGAAGUAAAGAAAGUUGAACAGCCCGAUCCACCGGAGAAGGAUAAAUCCAAGAAUCUCAAAAAGAGACUUAGUGAAACCAUCUUUUGUUUGGUUUCUGUUCCGGUCACCCCACAGCUCACUGGUACAAUCCGUGAUCAGAACAACAAUAAUGAGAAGUCACCAGACCCAGCCGACAGUCCCAGCGAAAACAAAACGGGCCAUUUAACUAACCAAAGUCUCCAAAGCACGUCUUCAGCCGAGGCCGAGCUGCAAGCGCUAACAGGUAGCAUAGCGAGCAGCAAGACGAGCAGCCGAGCGAGCAGUAAAAUGUUCAAGAAGUUGCCCUGUAGACCCCCUAAAAUAAACCAUUACAAGGAGCUGAAGUUGUCAGGAUCUUGGCCCGCAAACCAGUACCGCGACCAGGAGACACAAACUAGCCCAGAGGCCGAAAAAACUGGCCCUGAAAACAAGGAAGCACAAGAAGACCCCAUCCCUGCUGCCACUGAAGCCCCUGCAGAUGGUGGCAGUGUAGCAGGCACCACCUUCACGUUCCCUAUCAAGGGAGUGAAGAGUCUAAAACUUUCAAGCAACAGCGCCUUCUCCCUGACCACCACUUUCUCCAACCAGCUGAACAAGAGCACAGCUCAGCAGCCAGCAGUUCCACCCUCAGGAAAUGUGGAGAGCAAACCAGCAGCUAGCAGCGGCCAGGAGGUGUUUAAGGUUCCCGAGUUCCUGCUGAAACCGAUUGUCAGCCAGCGACCGUGGGAUGCUGUCAAAGAGCUGGAGGCAAUCCAAAAAGAAGUCCAGGAUCAACAACAGCAGCAACAGAGCAGCAAACAGCCCAGCGUUGACAAGUGUAUCGAGGACCUCAACGAGGCCUACAAAGACAUCUUGGAGCUUGGCGCUGCCAGCAAUAAGGUCCCCGACGGGUCAGUUGAAAUCCCUGAGCGUAUCAAAAUCCGUCUGACGUCCCAGCCUCUCAACAAACCCAGCAGCCUUAGGCGCAGUGCGGUCAGCUGGUCCGUUGAUCCGGAGUACAGGGAAGUCAAGAGCGCCUUCUCCAGGCCUGCCACAAAGUCGGUCACGUUCAGCAAGCAGCUGAGGGAGGAACUCCCUGUGCCCCCUCGGGAGUCGGGUUUUCGAGAAUACAGGGUUGUUCCACAUCUUCCGCGUAGACGUAGCAACGACGGCAGGACUGUGAAACUGGACCUGCCCGAUGAACCCAUCGAGACACCGCUUUGUGACUUCAGCCCGAUGACCAACAGCACGACAGCAGAAGUGCCGUGGGCAGACCGACAGCCCAUGCAGGACGCAUCCACGCUCACAAGUCCUCCCGACUAUGAGGACAUAUGCCAGACUUUGCGUCACUCUCGGGAUUCGAGCAAUCCUAAUGACCCGGCAACUCCUCAAGAUCUCGAUUCAGAGGAGGAGUGUCCUAUUUGCAAAAGGGAGCUGGAGAACCAGUUGAGACAGGGCCCACUACCUCCUCUCCACGAGGAGAACAGCUCAGAUAGCUCCGUCAAUCCAAACGGAAGUCCGCCGCAGCGCGCUGCAGACGAAAGCCCGGUUGAGGAUGCAAGGAAUCAGGAACCGCAGAACUCGAGUCGCUACCAGGCGGGGUCCGAUAUGAGUGCUGAUGCAGCGAAGAAGGAUUCAUCAACACAAGACAAUUUGGGCGAUACUGAUGAAACAGUCGAUGGUUCCACAGAUGUGCAUGCACGCUCAGAUGAACUAAGUAAAACUGAGUUGGUGGAGUCAGCACAGAAAGAAGCCAACGAGGGAGAAAUGGCAGAAUGUAUUGCGGCUGACACUGAACGAGAGGGACAAACUGAAGCAACGUCGGACAACAAGCAGGAGCAAGAGAGGAAGCCAUUUGCUCUCGCGGAACAUAGACUUGUCCUAUGGACACACCCGGGGCGAGACCACCCCGGGUUGCCAGAGUUUCCGCCUGAGAGACUGCCACUUUCAGUCGUGCCAAAGCUCGACCGCAGGCUGUCCCUCAGCUUGGAAGGGGAGCACCAGAGUGGCGCCCCCCCUAAUAGAAUUGAAGCUCUGCAUAAUAAGCUAGCCGUCUCUCCUAGCCGGGUGGCUGUGGAGCGUCUGGGCAAGAUGCGGGAGGUGGACGUGAUGUAUCGCAUGAGACGCCUCAGCAUCAGGAGCACCGACUCUGGAGAGGGGGAUGGGGAGGGCAAGGACUCCCAAGAUUACCCAAACGCUUCUCAGACAGGCAGGGAGAACAAAGACAAAGAGGUGUCUGGAUCCCGCCAGGUCUUGGAAGAAACUGCGAAGCACGGUGACAGGUCUACUUUCAGAACGCUGUGACAGCCCGAGAGAGCGGCGACGGUGUCGAAAAAGACAACGUUCAUCGUGUCCCCAUC